GAACGAUCAUCUCUCCCUCAACAAUGGAUCAGAUCAUACCGGGAUUAUGGAUAGGCGAUCUUGCCUGUGCAUUGGCAACGGAUUAUUUGGAAAUGGCAGGGAUAACGCACAUCGUUACGGCGAUGAAACAACGAUUACCAAGUCCUAUCACUUUACCCGAUGGAAGAAAGAUUGAUGAUGAUCACAUCUAUCAUGUCAACAUAGAUGAUAUCGAAAGUGCUCCUAUCUUGGUGCAUUUCCCUGGAGUGAUUGAGUUCAUCGAUGAAGCACUUCAACAAACAUGGAUCGAAGAUGGAGAUGGAGAAGAAAUUUCUGCAGAAACUCAAGAUGAACAGAAAGCUUCAAAUUCACGUACAAAUCCACCACCAGGUAAAAAGCCAGGUCAAUGGGCAACAAUGGGAGAAGGAACUGUCUUGGUUCAUUGUCAUGCUGGAAUAUCAAGAAGUGUUGCAAUCGUGCUGGCAUAUUUGAUGCAUAUGCGUAAGAUCAGCGUUCAAGAUGCAUUGAAUCUCGUUCGUUCAAGACGUUCUAUUGCCGAUCCAAAUUCUGGUUUCAUGCAUCAAUUGGAGCUGUAUGAAUCAGCAGAUUGUAGCGUUGAUGUACGCAAUCAGCGUAUACGAAGGUUUCUGAUGUCACAAGCUUCCAUCUUACGUGGUGAUCCGAUCGAUGAUGUUUUAUUGAGUUAUUAUCCUAGCCCUCUACAUAGUCCCGCAAACAGCUUUCCCGGAUCGACGCAACAAGGCAGCGGAUCAGGAGGAAUUGGUGGAAUGGGUUUGCAAUUCUCAAAAUUGGACACGAGUGAUUCCGGUAGUAGGAAAUCAAGUGUCGGACAUGCGGCCAGUGAUUCGGAUCAUCAAUCACCAAUAAGUAGUGGCAGGAAUAGUGCAACGAUGUCAAGACAGAAUAGCAGAAUCGCAGCAUCUACAGCCGCAGCUAGAGGAGCGAAUGAAAGACAUAGAAGUGAACCGCACGAAGUGAUGAUCACUGUGAAUUCAGGGAAUUUACCCGGAGGAGUGAACAAAGUACGGGGUAACCAAGCUCGAUCAGAAUCAUCACGAGCGCAAACGAAUAAUUCUUCUUCCUUACCCAAACCUAAAUUCAAAGCGAUGAAACUUCGAUGCAAAAAGUGUAGAAGGGAAUUAGCAGCACAAGAUCAUGUUGUUGAACAUGAAGCUGGAAUGGGAAAAGAUGCUUUUGACGUUCGUAAACGGGAGAAGGACAUUGAACAAAAGAGCAGGGAUAAUCGUGCAACGAUGGAACAAUCAAAUACGCAGGAUUUGACGUUGGAAGAACGAUUUGGAGCUACCGAACGGCCCUCAGGGAACGAUGUGACAGAAGAAGAAGAAACGGAGAAUGCAAAACCUAUCCCACCAGCGCCAUCAGCCUUCAAAAGUGCUGCCAGUCUUUCUGCUCAGCUACCACCCCACCUCGCCGCCUUGAGAAGAGGUACCCCAGCAGCACCACAGACAAAUGGGAACUCCAUCCCAUCAAGACCGCCACCUUCCGCUACUCAAAGUCAAGCAUCAACUCCCUCUAACGACUUUCGCAAGAUGUUGCAUUCACACCUUUGCAGCUCUUAUUUCGUUGAACCUUUGGCUUGGAUGACAAUGUUACGUUCAGGCGAAGUGGCGGGAAGGUUAGAUUGUCCUACCGCUCGUUGUGGUGCAAAGUUAGGCAGUUGGGAUUGGGCAGGAAUGCAAUGUGCUUGUGGAGCCUGGGUAACACCAGCAUUUGCAUUACAUAGAUCAAAAGUAGAUGAAGUAUAA